AUGGGCUCUCAGUGCGUCGAGUUGCCCUACAUCGCAGGCGACCCCAACAUCAUCUUCUUCACUGAUUUUGAUGGCACAAUAACAUUAGAAGAUAGCAAUGACCAUCUGGUCGACAAUCUUGGAUUCGGCAUUGAAAAACGGCGAGCCCUCGAGCUCGACGUUCUAAAGGGCAAGCUCGCUUUCAGAGAUGCCUUCAAAGUCAUGCUGGACAGCGUCCCGCUUCCCUUCGAUGAAUGCGUUCGCAUACUGCAAAGGAACAUAAAGUUCGACCCCUAUUUCGUCGAAUUCUACCAUUGGGCCAGCGAUAACAACGUUCCCAUCGUGGUGCUGUCCUCGGGCAUGACCCCGAUUAUCAAGGCCCUGCUGCAGAAUGCUUUGGGCGACGAAUCUGGCAACAUUUUUGUCAUUGCCAACGACGUGGAAGCACGCGAGGGCAAGCUGAUCGACGAGGCCGGCGGCUGGCAAAUAAAAUAUCGUGAUGAAAGUCAGUAUGGUCACGAUAAAUCCCGGGCCAUCACGCCAUACGCCUCCCUUCCGGAGGGGAUCCGGCCGAUCCUCAUGUUUGCUGGAGACGGAGUGUCGGACUUGUCGGCUGCUUCUGGAUCUCAUAUUCUCUUUGCAAAGCAAGGACUCGAUCUAGCGCGAUACUGCGCCGAACGCAAAAUGCCAUUUGUUCCGUUCAAUAAUUGGGCUUCUAUUCGAGCUGCUGUGCAAGAUAUCAAUGAGGGCGGCCUGCGAAAUGACCGUCUCAAGAACUGA